GGGAAGGUUGCCGCUAUCGCUACUGUCAGUAAGAUCCUAUUUGUCUAACAUUGGUGCUAGGAGUAAGUACAUAGGUGAUUACCCUGUUGCAUGUCAGUUACCCCUACAAUUCUGGAGGUACUGCAGCUGGGCCGGGGGGAAAAAAGAAAAGAAAAACCACUUACAAGGGAAUCUUAUAUAUGCGCUUACAAAAAAACCAGGGUGGCGCAAUCUAUUUUCUUGUAGGACGACAAUUUUACGUUCAGUCUUGGGUGUAAAUACAAAUUGAAGGGCUCAGACGUACAAUGGAUGCGGCUGCUACUAAAGCCGCCCUUCUGAGGCAGCAGAUUGUCCAGACCGAACAUGAACUUGAACGGCUGCGUGUGCAGUUACGGGAACUCGAAACCCCAUCACUCAUCUCGGGCCGCCAUGACGGGGACGGCGAACUUGCCUCUGAGGUGCCUUGGAACUGGCCACUGCGAGAAGAAGAAUAUGCUCGUUAUGGUCGCCAGCUCAUCAUCCCCACCUUCGGUAUACAAGGUCAACUUCGUCUCAAAUCCACUGCCGUUCUCAUUAUUGGUGCAGGAGGUCUUGGAUGCCCAGCCGCCGCAUAUCUCGCAGGAGCCGGCACGGGAACUCUGGGUAUAGUCGACGGAGAUGUGGUCGAGGCCUCCAACCUGCACCGCCAGAUCGCGCACAGCACUGCCAAGGUCGGCAUGAAGAAAGUGGACAGCUUGGUCAACUUCUGCCGAGAUUUGAACCCCGAACUUUCUUACGUGCGACAUGGUACACAUCUGACACCGGAGAACGCCGAGGAGAUCGUGUCCCGAUACGACAUUGUCCUGGACUGCACUGAUCAUCCGACCUCCCGCUACUUGAUCUCGGACGUAUGCGUGCUGCUUCAGAAACCUUUGGUUUCGGCGUCGGCCUUGCGCACAGAUGGGCAGCUCAUCGUCCUGAACAACCCGCCAGCACCCGUGGGCACCCCAGAGGGCGGGCCGUGCUAUAGAUGUGUAUUCCCGAAGCCACCUCCUGCCGACAGCGUGGUCAGCUGCGGCGAAGGAGGCAUACUAGGACCCGUCGUGGGUGUCAUGGGUGUAUUGCAGGCACUCGAGGCCAUCAAGCUGAUCGCGAACGGGAUCGGCAUGCCACCAAGGGAGCCGACCACGCCCAGUCUGCUGCUGUUCUCGGCAUCAGGUACGACCACAUUUCGCUCCAUGAGAAUGCGUGGUAGGCGAGCGGACUGCUUUGCCUGCUCCACCUCGUCAACUUUAUCACUGGAGACUCUCAAAUCUGGAUCACUAGACUACGUGGCCUUCUGUGGCGUUGCAAGCCCAGUGCAGGUCCUAAAACCGGAGGAAAGAGUCACAGCUGCUUUCUACGAUACAUUCAGGAACGGGAAGCCGAACCCAGCCCAUAUCUUGCUAGAUGUGCGUGAGCGAGAGCACUUCGACAUUGCCAGCAUCCCCGGCGCCAUCAAUGUACCCUUCUCCACGUUUCAAGUGAGAAGUGCACCUUCAGAGAAGCCCGGAAGGCCAGGCUGGUUGCCCGAAUCUCUCCCAGCAGACGCUCCUAUCUACGUAGUCUGCCGAGUCGGCAAUGAUUCGCAACUAAUUGCUCAACGAUUGAAGGAGAUGGGCCUGGACGAAGCCGGAGCUCGGUUUGUGGGGGACAUAUCUGGAGGCAUGAGGGCGUGGAAGCACCAAGUAGAUACAUCACUGCCAUUCACUUGACACGGUAGCAGGUGCAUCAUAGAUGUAGCAAAGCUUCUCUGGUAAGAGGAGUUCAAUUCACAAGGCAGAUCCGCAUUGGACAUGGCCACUAUUGAUACACUAUUGGAGAGGUUCAAAACGCCGAAAUUUGCUCUGUCUGAACCUGGGCGAGC